AUGAAUCGACAAUCUUCACGAUUUCAAGAGAAAUGCACAAAUAUCUAUUCCCAUGCAAAGAUAACUCGGAACCUUGUAAAUGAAGAGCUACUACGUAUUUGCCAAGUCGCUUAUGCAGUAGAAAUAAUAUCAGCACCGUUUAAGAAUUCGAUGGCAGUGGCGAGCCUUCUGGUCUCGUCAAACUCCUUACCUGCUUCCGUCGUCCAGAUGUCACACGAUCCUUCAGGCCAGCUCCAGUCAGGAAGUAUCGGCCUCUUCGAUGAUGACGACGAAUACUAUGCCACUCAAGCCCGUAUCCAGCGCCGACAAGAGCGCAGAAACCGGCGAGCCCACCGAUUAGCCAGGGGAUCUAGACUCCCUCCCUUCUCUUGGCUCGCUAAAGUAUUCGGUUGGACAAGCAAAAGCAAAAGCAAAAGCAAAAGCACUCAUGAAGCGAGCAUGAGCGCAAACGAAACGGUGGUGUGGAAGCGGGCACGGCAAUCGACUUCCCAAUCCAGACUUUGUAUCCCGAGCCAAAGUUCCAAGGAAGGAGAAGAGACAGAACUGUAUGAAAUUUCCGGGGCAUAUUCGAGGCCUCCUUCGCCAUCGAUCUUCCUAGAGGAGUGCGAGGUAGUGAGAGUGAGGCUGAAUAAGCAGAGUGGAUGGGAAAUCGCACCCAAGUCUAUGAUUCAUCCGCGCAAAAGUAGGGAAGAAGAGAUAGAGUCUUUGCUAAGCUCAGUUUCUGAUGAGGAUGCCGCGGGAUAG